GUGUUGUGUGUUUGCGGCAUGGCUUCGUCGGCAAAGAGGAGAGCAGUGGGUUUGGGUGAAUGUCCCGAGGGCGAUGACAGCAGCUCCGACGACAAUACAGAGGGUGAUGACGAUUCUGGGGACGAGGACAGCGAGGCGUCAGAAGAGCUUAAUGAGGAAGUCGUUGUUGACUUUGAAGCCCAUGCCAUGACAGAUAGUGACUUCAACGGCAUCAAGAAACUCCUACAACAGCUUUUUCUGAAGGCACAUGUUAACACAUCAGAGAUGACUGACAUCAUCAUUCAGCAGAAUCACAUCGGCAGCGUCAUCAGACAAGCCGAAGUGCCAGAGGACAGUGACGACGAUGACCCAGACGAAGUGUUUGGUUUCAUCACGAUGCUAAACCUCACUGAGAGGAAGGAUGUGCAGUGUGUGGAGCAGGUGAAAAACCUGAUCCUGGAUCAUUGUGAGAAGAACUGCACCCACAGUGUGAAGGAACAGCUGGAGCAGAUCCUCAGUGACAACAGCCAUCCAGUGGGCUUACUGCUGAGUGAGCGCUUCAUCAACGUCCCGCCACAGAUCGCCCUUCCUCUGCACAAACAGCUCCAGGAAGAAAUGGCUGAAGCUCAGAGGACAAACAAACCAAGUGGAAGGUGUCACUACUGCCUGAUGAUUAGUAAGACAUGUAAAGAGGUACAGAAGAGGAUGCAGUCCAGAGGAGGAGCUCCCAAAGAGGAAGUCAUCUUUGUCAAUGCUGAAGAAGAGUUCUUCUAUGAGCACGCCACCAUAAAGUUCAACUACUCGGUCCAUGAGGAAGCGGACUCCUGUUUGAGCGGCAGGUGGUCAUUCGGCGACGUACCUAUGAAGCCUUUCAGGACAGUGAUCCUGAUACCUGCCGAUAGGAUGCCUGUGAUCAUGGACAAGCUCAAAGAAUACCUGACUGUGUGAACCUCGCACUUUAAGUGCAAACCCUGAGAACUGAUCAGCUCACAGUCAAUGCACACUUAAGAUGUUUUACUGUAAUCAUUGACAGUAAUUCCUGGAAAUAUCAGAUGUGUUUAGUAUUGUGGUGGCCAUCAACACACACAUAUAACAAACCAAAUCCUCUUUGAUAAAACAUAAAAAGCAGUGUGUAACCUGUUAAUACUGCAGAAAUACACAAUUUAAAACUUUUAUCACUGUUAUUCUAAAUGCAGUGUGUUUUAUAGAUGUAUAGUGAGGAGGUAUCCAGCCAGUUCCAGAUUUUGUGAUGUCAUUUGGGCUGGAAGUGACCACCCCAGCCUUCUAUUUUCAUAACAAACAUUCACAUCAGGAAUUUCGAGAUACAGAGGAUGGUGAAGUAGAGAUUGAUGAACCACUGUGUUGCAGCUUUAACAGGCAGCAGCAGAAAAAAUAAGUAAAC